AUGCGUGACUUGGAAGAGCUUAUUCUGGCGUUUAAUGCACUUGAAUGGUUUGCUGUGGUUUGUGAGAAGUUGGAUAAGAAUAAACGCAGACGCGAUUCUGGUACGAUCAAAAACCUGAAGGACGAGCUUCAGGAGUCUUUAGACGAAGUUUCUGUGCAUGUUGACGCACUGCUGGAUGAGUGGCUCAUGGGGGCUGAGGAUGGUAAGGCGUCAUUGGGAAACAUGAGAAGACGUAUGCUGACACCAGUGGCCCGUACAGAAACUGAACAAGCCGAGCUGGAAGAAAUCCGAAAGACCUACAUCCCGGAACUUUUCCUCGACUAUCACAAUGCGCUGUACUAUGCUGGACAUGUACUUACCAGCGAGCUUCUGGUGCAGUGCAUGAACCUGGCAAUGCAGGUGUCCGAAAACGAGUAUCUGACUAGCGCCUUUGUGGCUUCUCGUCGGAUGGCGGAGCUCGUGGACGCGUUGGCCUUGUCCAGCAAAGCCAUGGUCAACACGCAGGCGAAGCCCGGCAAGAAGCUUUUGGGAGGCGAGUCUUUGGGCAUUUGGAAUGUCGACGUGCCCGAUGAGGACAAUGGCCUCCCUGAGGCGCAGUGA